AUGGAAGCCUGGAACUCUCGAGCUGCUGUUGAUAACAAGCCAGCUGAUGGCAGGUUGAAAUCCCCCAUUACUAUCAGUCUAUCAGACUAUCAGACUAUCUCUACGUCAGGCCUCUUGAGAGAUGUUGUGGAUGUUUCUAUCCCAGUGUCUGGAGGUUAUUCGAUUCUGAAUGGGGCAAAACAGAUUCCGACUCAAUCCUAUGAAGCCAGAGUGGCUAUGGGCUUCACGCUUCGAGACGCGGGGCGAACCCAAGCCGGCGGCAAACCCUCCGCAGGGGUUAAAAAAGCAGCCUUCGAGGAGGCGUGGUCUGGGGGAAAAGAAGAAGGUAAAAAAAAGAAAAAGAAGAAGCCGAGAAGAUGCGCGGAGAAUCCCGGCCAAGCAGCCGGCAUCGGAGGAGGCCUCUUCCCCGGCCGGCACCAGUGUGGCGCGCGGGCGAGAGACUUUAUUAAGCAGGUGUUGCUGAAGCGGGGUGUCUCGGCUGCUACAAGCGCCCACCCUCCAACCCGGCUCUGCUCCAGCUUCCCCGUCGGUCUGUCAAGGCCAGCGAAGCCGCCUUCCCACCCUCUUAUCUGCCCAUCCUUCCGCCCGCCGCCGCCGCCCCCCUUUCUCUGCUCUCCAGUAAUUUAUUUUAUUUUAUUUUUUCUUUGCUCCCUUUCUGGCAAAGCCCCCGAGCCUGCUCGGCCUUGGAGUGACCAUGGCGCGCGCGAGGUCCUUCAGAAGACUAUGAAAUCCUUCUGGAAAGUUUCUUCAGAUCCAGAGAUGCAUUUCUGGCUCAGUUGGCUGUGCUUCAGGCUUCAAGGCUGCCCCUUGGUUAACAAUUGCUGAAGAUGAACUUUCCUGCUCCUUGCAA